UGGGCUGCAGCCUCUGAUGGUGCUGCAGGAGGAGUGAGUCCUGGAUGGAUGGAGACUGGUGGUAAAAAGUUGGUGAAACUCACGGGGAGGUAAAACGGGCUCAAAGACACCGAUAAAGGUUCAACGUCUGGCGUGCAGAUCGGUUCUCUGAUGGUCACAGCACUACUGGAGCGUUUGUUCACGUACAAACAUCAUCCCCUUCCUUGGGUUGUCCCCGUUACCUCCAUGUCCAGGUCCAGACCAAAUGGAGCUCCAAAUCCAUCGACUGAUAGGUCGGCGUCCUGGUCCUGGUCCUGGUCCGUUUCCAUAAAGGCCAUCACAGCAGUCCCUGAAGUCCUUCUGGUACUGGACGUUCCCUGGAGCUGGUCCAGGUCUUUCCUCAGGGACUGAAGGUUUCCCAGGAUAACAGAGGACAGGGGAGUCUGAGCUGCUGUCUCCUCCUCCAUCGCCCUCUUUUCCUCUUCUUCUUGUCACUCGUUCUGUUCAAAUCCAUCAAUAUAAAAUCCGGUAGCCGUGGGGUGAGGUCUUUACCACAUUGGAGAAGUUAAGCUGCAGCAGGUCCUCAUGGAAGGAAACAGUCCUCAGCUGGCUCACAGCUCCACUCACCUGGUUAAAACCAGCAGUAGAAGUCCAAACCCGGCCAAGGAAAAGGAAUCCAUGGUGUUAUUUCUCCAUUAGUGGAACAUAGAGCACUUUAAAACUGUCACUCGACCAAAAAGUAAAACAUAAGAAUGCAUAAAAACGAUAAAAACACAUAAAAAACAAACACAGGACAUCAAACUCUCACUUGCUGUACAGACAAACUGACAGAUGUCAAUUGUUCUUGAAUUUCUUUGGAUCGCAGCAUUUUGUUGGAGCUUUUUGAGAUCUUUAGGCCGACUUCAUUCAGUCAGACUGGUUCUGUUGAAGAGAUUUGUUGAUUGAACAGGUCUGGAGGGAACCAGGUCUAGAUGUGGUCAGUGAAACUGAACUCGCUUUCCAAAAAGGGGGGCAAUUACUUUUCCCACAGGACCAGGGACGAAGACCUCCACAUCCUCACUAUCUUCAUCAUCGUCCUCCUCACCAUCUUCAUCCUCCUGACAUCUCCCUCAUGGAAACUGCUCCUCAAACCUGUGUUGUGAGAGGAAGCUCCUCAGAAGAAACGGCUGCCCUUGGACGACCUUUCACCUUAGGAAUGUUGUACGACAGACAGAGAGAUGAGCUGAUCCCAGGCAUCACAUUGUGGGAUGAAAACACCCUGCAAUCACACACAGUGGAGACGCCUCAGCACAGCAGUGGGUUUGAAAUCACUGCAUCUGAUUCCAUUGAAUCCAAGUCCUCUCUGCUGGAUGUUGAUGCUUCCCUGAAGGCCAGUUUCAUGAGUGGACUGAUUGAAGUUGAAGGAUCCGCCAAGUAUCUGAAUGACAAGAAGAAGUCCAAGAAUCAGAGCAGAGUGACACUUCAGUACAAAGUUACCACCAACUUCAAACAGUUGUCGAUGACUAACAUUUCAUCGAUGAGCCCUGAACAGAUCCAUGUUAUUGAGAAGAGCUCUGCGACACAUGUCGUCACUGGCAUCCUUUAUGGGGCAAAUGCUUUCUUUGUGUUUGACAGUGAGAAGUUAGAUGCCAACAGUGUUCAGGACAUCCAGGGAAGCAUGAAAGCUGUGAUCAAGAAGAUCCCCUCAUUUAACGUUGACGGAAAAGUUGACAUCAAGCUGACAGAUGAAGAAAAGAACACAACUGACAAAUUUACCUGCAAAUUCUACGGAGACUUCAUUCUUCAUGACAACCCUGCAACAUUUACAGAUGCAGUGAAGACAUACAUCCAGCUUCCAAAACUACUGGGAGAAAAAUACGAAAAUGUGGUUCCACUGAAGGUCUGGAUGAUGCCUUUGAAGAUGUUACACUCAGAAGCUCCCGAGAUGACAACUGGGAUCAGUGUCGGACUCAUACGAAGGGCUCAAGAUGCUCUGCAGGAUCUGCAUCAUCUGGAAAGUUGCUGCAAUGAUAUUCUCGAUGAUACAGUGGUGAAAGCUUUUCCAAACAUCCAAGAAAAGCUCAACACCUUCCAGAAACUCUGCAUGUAUUUCAGCUCUUCACUCCAAGAGACGAUCGCCAAGAAACUUCCCUCCAUCAGGGCAGGUGAGGAAGACGAGAAGGAAUUAAAGAAGGUCUUUGAUGAUAAAGACAAGUCACCUUUCAGCAACGACAAGUUAACCAAGUGGACAGAAGAUAUGGAAAGAGAAGUGAACGUCAUCCGUUCAUGUGUGGAGAUAAUGGAAGGAAUAAAGAUCGCCUCAAAUCAGUCACAGCUGGACAAAGCGGUUCUAGAUCCAGAGGUAGAGGAUGUUCUCUGCUUUGUUUUCACCUCCUUGGAACCUGCUGAUCCCUAUCUUCAGGAAAUGUCUGAGUACAUGGAUCCACUGAAGUUAGAAGGUAGUGGGGGAGUCCUUCUACCUACCCGGGACCAGUGGUUCUUCUCAGAUGAAGUGAUAAAAGAAAUGAGACAAAAAGCCAGAGUUAUUCAUGACCUAGCCAAAGCUCUGAAGAACAAUCGCCAACUUUGCUUCCUUGUAGCAGCAUUUUCAAAUGUGGAACACAAAGGAGCAAGCAUCUACCACUACAGGAACGGCAGCCUGGUCACUGAUGACUUCUCCAGGCCUAAUGUCACUGAUGUGGAAAACAUAAAAGACAGAAGUGAUUUGAUCUGGUAUGCCUGUGAUCUCACCCUGGAUCCAGACACUGCUCACUGCAAACUCACUCUGUCUGACGGAAACAAGAAGGCGACUCAUGGACAGAGGCAGUCGUAUCCUGACUUCCCUCAGAGAUUUGAUGAGGUAGUCCAGGUUCUGUGCAGAGAGUCGCUGACUGGGCGUUGUUACUGGGAGGUGGAAUUGAACAUAGCCAAAGGUGCUGAUGCUACUGCUGCUGUUUGCUACAGCAGCUUACAGAGGAAAGGGAAAAGUUCCUUGAACGGGAUUGGAUGGAACAACAUUUCCUGGUCUUUAGGCCACAAGUGGGAACCAGGACCGGUUUUCUACGCAGAGCAUGAUGCCAGAUGUGUCAGUUACCCUGUUCCUCCUUCUGGCUGCACCCGACUGGGUUUGUACCUGGACUGGUCUGCAGGUACUCUGUCCUACUAUACGGUCUCAGCCAACACACUGAGCCACAUUCAUACCUACCGCACUAAAUUCUCUGGGCCUGUUUAUGCUGCCUUCAAGCUCUGGACAGAAGGCAGCUACAUAUUCUUGUGUCUGUAAACUUGGUGUUGCAUGAUCCAUAUUAAUUUCAGUUCAGCUGUGUUGUAGACAAAUGUCAUGUAUACCUGGAUGAAUUGUAUCUAUCUGGACCUUGACCUGUAGUCAGGAUCACAAUAGUCCAGACUCUGAGUAGCUUUCUCUCUGUUUUCCAUGAUUUUGUUGUGACCAGUGUCAACCACCAAGGUCUCACAACCCUGAUAACUCUUCAGCUGAGGAGUCUGUGUUUUCUGUCCUGCUACUCCUUUAUCCUUUAAUAAAUUACAAAGACAAA